CGAAACAGAGUUGGGGGCCAACAGUAGUUCUGAACGCUAGCAUCUGAUACACAAGCCAGGACAGAAAUUAUGAAGCGGAGGCGAAGAAGCAUAUCUGAUUUGAACUCCGAUGUUUUGAAAGUUAUCAUUAUUUUUGCAGCUAAAUCAGCUGAUGGGGCAGCCACUUUUGCCAGAGCAACAUCCAUCUGCAAACUGUUCAAGGAGCUUGCAAAUGACACAGACAUCUUAAAAGCUGUGGAAUUUAGUAAUGUGAUGAUAGCUGGAAUUGAUGGGUCAUUCUGGCAGAGUAAUGGUUUGCUAAUAAGAUGUGCGCGUGCUGGAAAUGUGAUUGCUUGCAAUUUACAUUUGAAGCAUGUACAAGUCUUGCUUGAACUCAUAAGGACGAAUGUGAGGGUUGGUAAAUUGGCGUCAAGGGUAAUGAUGAAUAAAAUCUUUGAUAUCAUUCUCUUCUAUUAUCUCAAAGUUUGGAUGAUGCAUUAAGGAUGCCACUUGGGUUGUCUAAACAGUAAACUUACAAGCAGGUUAUUGAGGACAUGAUCAGGGCUGCUGAGAGGCAAGCUUGUACAAGGGCAAUGACGAGGCAAAUUAAUUCAGCCCUGAAGAUGAUGACCAUUGCUUUUGAUGACGCUGAUGUGGACCUCCAGAAGGCAGAAGAGUUGUUACAGGCCAUAAGAUAAUUCUGGUGCUCACAGCUUUUUUUCUUUUUUUGGGUUCACAUUGCCAACUGAACGUUUAGCAAACAUUUUUGUUGGCUGUCUCUCUCUCUCUCUCUCUCUCUAUGUAGGAAUAUUGUGCUAACUUGUUGCUGUGUAUGUAAAGCUCAACCGAUCU